CAAAGAUUUUGCAUAGGCCGUUGUGUUGCAAAAAAUAACAAGGGUAUUUGUAGCACGUUUCAGUACUGUAGUAGUAUUAGGCGUUUUUAAGGAUAUCAAUUGUAUUACGUUUAAAUGGGAGUUUAACGUUAUUAAAGACCACAGCAAUGGAUGUUGAUACAUAUUUACAAACAUUUGAAAGAUCAUUGAGCACAUAUUCUGGAGAUGACCCGCUUGAUCCAUGGGAUAGAUUUGUGCAAUUUCUGGAGGGGAAGCUACCUCUAGAAGAAAGGAAAAGCAUGUCUGUUGUAUUUCAUCGUCUUGUUCAAAGAUUUCUGCAAGAGGAACGCUAUCAUAACGACCCCCGGUUCGUCGAUCAUUGCAUUAAAUGUGCCAGCUUUUAUGAUGAUCCCAUCCAAGUGUACAGUCAAGUGCAUAGCCAAGGCAUUGGAACCACAGCGGCAGCGUUGUACAUUGCCUGGGCCCAACAAUUUGAGAAAAAUGGUCAGUUGCUACAAGCUGAAGCAGUCUAUGAAAGAGCUGUGGAGAACCAGGCCCAACCUGUAGACACUGUGCUUCAACACUACAGGAAGUUCCAGGACAAGGUGUUGAAGCCUCAGACAGGCGCACCUGAUGUGCCGAGGAACCCUCUUCAGAAUUCACAAUUAACCAAUCAACAAUCUCGACCAAGAGAAAUCCUUCAGCAACAGUGCAAGGAACCCGAUCUGCCCGGGUUCCCAGAUGACCGAACAGUUCGCAUAAUUUCCAAGUCCGAGUAUAACCCAUCCAACCAACCCAAAGUCCAGAAUGCCCCUCUGGAGCAGGUGGCCAUGUACUGCAAGACUGAGUUAGUCUGCGAGGGCUCUGAGUAUUGCUUUGAGGAGUUGAGAGCGAAUCGCUACUGGGCCAAACGUAAGCAGCAGGCCGAGCUGCGAGAACUGGAGGAAGAGCAAAGGAAGGCUCGAGAGGCCGAGGAGGAGUUGAAACGAAUGCAGGAACUCCUGAAGCAACUGGACAACAAAUCCCCCGUUCCACCAGCAGACCCACAAGCACCCAACAGACCGUAUGAUGGGCAUCAGGAGAGUCAUGCUGCGGUAUCAGCUGCAGGUCAUCCAGAGCUAGCGGCACUGGCGGCCCGACCCUCAGCGGCGCUCGGCAACCGUCUCUCUCUCGGCCAGCGGCCAGCGGCGACCUUCAGGCCCAGCUUGGCCCUGCAACCGAGUCAGGACCUGGGGCUGGGCGCCAGACGGAAGUCCAGGCCAUUGGCCUCCGCGGUGUGGGGCUCAAGCGGUUCACUCGGGUCACUCCCUCCAUCUGGUCAGCUGUGUCCUCUGGAGGAAGUCGAAGCCUCUCGCUAUGAGGUCGCCUCCCGUCAGCAGGCAUCAGCGGCGGCAGGUCACCCGGCCGGGGCUGAGCUCUCACCCAAGCCACCGUCACCAGCCGUAACCGCGGCUACCGCCUCCGCCGCCGUGUCCUCCCUGCAGACCUCCCUCCUGCACCACCAGGCUAAUAACGCCAUGGCGGACGCAGGCACUCUCCCUAUCCAUCGCCAUGGAGCGCCAGUCUCCUGCGAGGUCCCCUACAGAGCCCUGACUCAGAGCGGCCCCUCUGCGCUCAGCACCGCUGAGCCCCUACACGCCCGCAGCAGCAGUUUCCACCAGCCCCUGGACGACGCAGACCAUGAUGUUUCAAAAGAUGGGGAGAUGGACAGAGAAGGCACUAACAAUGUCUCACUGGUGGGCCAGGGCAACCACUCCCACAUCACUCCUAACAACUCCCUUGGGCUGGUCCAGGCCACUCCAUCUCGGGUUCUCCCCUCUCCAACCGUCCACACACGGGAGGCACUCGAUCUGAUAAUGGACAUGUUCCAAGCCCCGACCUUUGCACCAGAUGGACUUUCUCACAUUGCUGAGGAGAGUCUCAACUUUGGACAUUCAAAACUGAAUAGACCAGCUGUGUCCCAGCCUGCUGCUGCUGCUGCUGCAGUUUUCACCGUCUUCCAGGAUGAGGAUGACAAGGAGAAUGGAGGGCAAGUUAUGGCAUCCAACGAACGGAAAGCAUUGCAGCCCAGGGCAGAAGUCUCAGUACCUGGACCAACACAGCAGAACGAAUAUCAGGAAACCGCUGUUGGUGUGGAAUCUGUGACGGACGAGACGGCGAUGUGGGAGUUAAGGCGCCACUCUCUGGCCGCGUGUCCCAACAGCACCCGGGACUUUGCUCCGUCCGCUAACCUCGUGUCCACUCCCUUCCACCUCAGCGCACCGCACUCCUGGGAACUGGAUUCCGCUCAAGAGAAUGAUGCCCCAACAGUGUUUGCUGGAUCUGAUGGGAACCCCUUUGUGCGCCAGCCCACCAAACUCAGCCCGAUCAUGGAGCAGAGCCCAGUGGACGAGAAACUCACUGCAGCAGAGCGCACAGCAGGAGCCCAGGGCACCAUCGUGGGCGAGGGGCUGGCAGCCGUCCAGCAGAGCCAGAGCCAGGCCGCCUCCACCAGCUCCAUCAGCGCCCACCCGCUGGCCGCCCUCUCCUUCCCUGACCACACCGUGGCGCCCACAGAGGAUGUUUCCAAGAUGGCCGCCACUUUCUCCUCUGCCGCCCCCAAACCCGGCUGGACCGUCUACCAGAGCCCAGAGAAGACGCUUGCAGACCUCUCGAAGGUGGUUGGUCAGCACGCUCCGCAGGAAACGGAAAUGGAAGCAGACGUGCCCAUGACCUUCGAGCAUGCCCCGGCCGUCCACUCCUUCCUCUCCAAAAGCUCUUUUCACGUUCCGCAGACGGAGGACCUCUUUCCUGGGUCCCAGGACCUUUUCCACAGGUCACUCUGUGACGUUCCCAUGAGCCCGGCCCCGGCCCCGCGACCCACUCCAGACGUCCCCAUGAGUCCAGCGGCACCUGCUUUCAAAUCGAUCCUGGAUGUCCCCAUGAGUCCUGACUCGGCAGCACCAAAGCUGGACUGGUUCGCGCUGAGCAGCCCCGUUGCUGACCCGCAGUCGGACCUGGACUUCACGGGCAGCUCGCGGCAUCCCCACGGCCUCUCCGCCAGCUGGGCUCGCUCGCGGCUGGAGGUCCCCAUGGCGACGAGCCCAGCCAAGGGGUCGGAGAUGUGCCUGGAUGUGCCCAUGAGUCCCGCGCAAGCCCUUGCGCCGACGGCCACCCCUGCAGCUCCCUCUCAUCUGGUCCCAGACCCUUGGAACGACGAGCUCAUCAACACUCUCCUCUCCAGACUGGACAUACCGCUCACCUCGUACCCCAGUGUCACCACUUGGGAAUGUAACCUCCCCAGCGUCUCCCCAAAGAUGACCACCACCAUGGCUGGUGAAUCAUUGCGAGUUGAUUUUGUUCUGGGCCAGGGUGCUUUUGCAACUGUCUAUCAAGCAACAAACCUCACAACAUCAGAGAAACUUUUCCUGAAGGUGCAGAAGCCCGCCAACCCCUGGGAGUAUUACAUCAACAUUCAGCUCAACAUUCGGCUCAAAACAAGCGUGCGCCACCUUUUCAACAACAUCCACUCUGCGCACCUCUUUAGGAACGGCAGCAUUUUGCUUGGGGAUCUCCACAACUGUGGCACCCUUCUGAAUGCCAUAAACCUGUACAAGGGCCGCAGUGAGAAGGUGAUGCCCCAAGCACUGGUGCUGUAUUUCACCUCCUGCAUCCUGCACAUGGUGGACGAGCUGCACAGCGCACGCAUCGUCCACGCUGACAUCAAGCCUGACAACUUCCUGCUCGGGGAGAGGUUUCUUGAAAACGAGUCCUUUGAUCCAGAGAACUCUAAGCACGGCCUGGCCCUCAUUGACCUUGGCCAGAGCAUCGACAUGACCCUCUUCCCAGAGGGCACGGCCUUCACGGCCAAGUGCAUGACCUCGGCCUUCCAGUGCACCGAGAUGCUCAGUGGCAGACCCUGGAACUACCAGACGGACUACUUCGGAAUUGCAGGCACCGUGUACUGCAUGAUCUUCGGCUCGUACAUGCAGGUGAAACACGAGAAUGGCGAAUGGAAGCCCAGUGGAACAUUCAAACGGAAUCCGCACAGUGACUUGUGGCUGGAGUUGUUCCGCGCGCUCCUGAACGUGCCCGACUGCAAUUCGCUGCCGUGUCUGCGGCGCCUGCGCAGCCGUGUGCAAGCGGAGCUGGAGCAGCACUACAGGACCAAACUCCGCAGCCUGAAGAACAGACUGGUGGUGCAGCUGCUGGAGUCUCGGUCGUCACGCAGAUAGCCCCCCCCCCCCCCCUCCAACACACACACACUCUCUCUCUCUCUCUCUCUCUCUCUGUCUUCAGGGAUGCACAGAAUGGACACCUGCAGUGGCAGCACUCCUUUGUUGAUUCUGAGCUGAGCUGGUUUUAGCAUUUUAGCUUUGUUGUUUUUUGUAUUUCCUCUUCUACGUGUGUCUGUGUGUGUGUGUGUGUGUGUGUGUGUGUGUGAGAGAGCUAGACACAGUAGGCAAUUUAAGGAGUUUUUUUUUUUUUUUUAAAUUAUAUGUUGUGAUGUUUUGGAAUGCUCGACUAUGAGUAUUAGAAAAUGUAAAACUGCAAAAGAAACAUGUAAAUAUGCUUUGAACUGUAACUAUGUCCGCAGUAUAUGUUCUAAAUACAAAAAUAAGGCCGAGGAAGUCUUUGUAUUUCUUAUUUCCCUUUACACUGUUCUCUUUACAAUUUUUUUGAAAGAAACAAAUAAAUGUUUUGCAUAUUAA